UGUUGCCUGGCGACGACGUAAUGCAUCAACAGUACUACUAACUUUCUCUGUUAACUGUGAGGAUCGAAAUGAAGUCCGUUAAAAUCGGUGUUAAUGUCUCGGACGGUGAAACGGUCGCAGGAUGUGUCAGUAUGUGCGGGAUGUGUCCAUGUUGCGCGUUUGCCGCAAAACCACCGGGUUUGAUUCGGUGUUUGUGGAAGGUGUCGGAUGAAUUCAAGAGGAGAUUCCUAAUGGACCUGCUGUUACGAUGCAGAAACAUCAAAAUACUCGAGGGCAUCCAGAGGGUGCUGAGUGUGACUUCAUGGACUUUAUUCACUUACACCAGGAGCCCAACUUCACCUCAACAUAAGGACCGAGCACCGACUGGGAAACCAUUUGGACUGGACUUGAAAAAGAUCUGGGACUGGUUCAACAGCAGCACAGAGUGGUUGAAAUUACUCUACCUUUGCCGUCUUUUUUCAUUUUGUGACUCGGAACUGUUAUGCAUGGUUGCCAACUUAACCAGGGUGCUUCUAGUCCGACAGAAACGAGGAUUUCUGCAAUGUAAUGCGAGCGACUUCAAUGUGAUUCGAAAUAAUGAGGAUGGAGACUCAGAGGACCCGGCUCUUAUGGUGGUUCCUGGAUCCUUAAAGUCUGUGUCUGGAGUCAGCAGAUACAGAGACUUCAUAAGCUGCCUACAUGUUAAUCUAUCAAAGAGGAUAUUAGGUCUGUUGGACGAGCACACUCUAGGACUAUGUCAGAAAGUUUGCCGAUACUGGCAGCACCUCGCACAGGAAACACUGGAGGAGAUGAAAUUGGCGAGGACAUUUCAGGAUAAAAUGAAGGCCAUGAUGCAGAGGAGCAAAACCAUGAAUAAAGUCAGUCCUACGUAUGCCAAGACUGUUGAAGUCCCCGUUCCUGUCAGGGAAGAUGAAGGGGAUAUUCCACCUCGUGUCUCAAAGGUCAAGCUGUUUGAAGCUGCUUAUGCGCCGAUCAAAACCAAGACGGUGCAAAUGGAGGAGAGAAAUGUUUAUUGCAGUGCAUAUUUCACCACCGUGCUGGUCGACAAAGUAGACCCCAGUCGCGUGCUGGACUACAGAGGCGGAUCGUUCAUGGCCGUGGGCUCCAAGGAUCGUGUGGUGAAUCUGCUUUAUGUGACGUCACGAGCGAAAUCAGUGUCGGUGCUGAAGGGCCACGUUGGCAGCAUCCGGGUGGUGCUUCUCUGUGAGGAACGAGACCUGCUGAUAAGUGGAAGCUGCGACUCAAGCAUCAGGUGUUGGAAUUUGAAGACGGACUCUUGUGUGAUGAUGCUGUACGGUCACACUGGAACGGUGAACUGUCUGGACGUCUACGCUGAUCGACUCGUCUCAGGAGCCAAAGACUGUGUGGUUAAAGUGUGGAGUCUGCAAACAGGGAAGCAGUUUGAGGAUUUGAAUUUCAAGCACCCGUGUCCCAUCCAGUGUGUCAAGAUCAACAGAACGACGGUGUACAGCGGCUGUAACCGAGGAAUCAUCAAAGUAUGGAACAUGGAGACUGCUGCUCUGAUCCGGGUGAUUGAUGCCCACAAGAAUUCAGUGAAGUGUCUGUUCCUUGAUGAGUGGCACCUUUUAUCGGCCGACUCUAAGGGUCAGGUCAAGGCCUGGAGCACCAACUGUGAUGUCAAAGAGUGUCUGAUGACCUUCAACCACCCAAAGGAGGUUAAGUCUAUGACUCUGAUGUACCUGCGUGUCAUUACUGGCUGUGCCGAUGGAAGGAUUCGAGUGUUAAAUUUCCUCACCGGAGAUUGUGUGAGAGAAAUCAAAGCAGAGGCAGAAACAGGACGAAUACUGUCGCUACAUUUCCAUGACAACAGUAUUUUAGUGAACUCAUCAACGAGUGUGAUGCGCUACCAGUUUGCCAAGGUGUUCUGGGAUUACACAGAGUCAACAGAGAGCGGUAGAGAAGAUGUGGUGGCUCAGGAUCACACCAAAAAGGUGGCUUCAAUCGGCUCAAAGAUGCUCAACUUCAACAUCAAGAAACCAGAGAGGUCUGAGCUGCUUCACCACGCCUGCUGCUCGUCUAACCCGGGCAAAGAGCGCAGUAAGAGUGCUCCAGAGUCGGUGAUGCGGAGCGAGAAGGCAGCGAGUGAACGGAUGAGGAAGAGAGGUCUUCAUCAUCCUCUCACACGUGAUUCCAUCCACCUCAGGGUCAAUGCCAUGCAGCGGGCGCGGUGCACCGACGAAGUGAGCGUCAACAUGGAGCGCAACGCCCGGCUCAGAGACUCCUGGGGUCCCGAAACGUCCAAGAGUCAGACGAGUCCGCCGGAGCUCCCGCAGGACGCUCAUCUCCGUAGGCCCAAAACCUGUGUUCCCAUUUUAAAGCCAGCUGUCAGUCAAAGUGUGACACGCCCAGUCCAAGGCAGAGUUCAGUGUCACAGCGCCGACACGCGCAGGCCAAUCAGGAGGCUGAGUGGGUUCAUUAAAAGUGCAGCAGAAGAACCGCGAGCUCCUGAGGGAGUUUUUACGACGAGGUCCUUUCCUCAUUCAGAACGCGACAUGAAAACUAGGACCAGCUUACCCAGGAUCAGCCCUGUGAGUCCAAUCAGAGAGCGGGGAGGAUUCAGGCUGAUCUCAGAGAAACAGCAGGAGGACUGCAUCCGAGCCAAGAGGAAACUCAUGAAGAGCUGUUAGCAAAAAACUGUAGAAAAUACAGUGAGGAAAGUGUGUCCGAUGGUUAAUAUUCUAUUUUUAGCAUUGAGAACUCUUGUCAUCUUUAUCCAUGGUUCCCCCAUUCUAAAUCUGGUGUUUUAUGAAAUGUCCACUAGGGGGCAGUGUUGUAUAAAAUGACUGCAGAUAAACCAGGAACCAGAGUUUAAAUGUAGGCGUCUGUAGCCUUCCAAUAACUUAU